AAACCCUUUCCUGCCUGUUUCUUUUUUUUUUUUAAAAAAGAAAAACCUCCCGCGAAGCACCUUUCAGUUGCAAGAUUCCAACGCUACUUGAAUGAAUUCCAACAAUUAUUGGAGGAUAAGAGUUGUUUCUGUCACGCGUAGAUAGUUAAGAUCGAUUCAAGUGAUUUCGUUGAGGUUCAAUUUGAACUUCAUUUGGGAUAGAUCUGAGUUCUGCUUGUUUUUUGUUUUUUGUUUAAUUUAAUUGGAAUUAUAUUCGGUGUAAUUGGUUUGGGUUCAAUGGAAGACGCGAAUCAGCGUGGUCACGAUCCAUUAGCCCCCCUGUCGUCUAAUGUGAAUGUGCUACUUAUAUUUUGACAAACUGUGGGUUGCCCUGGGGGAUGCAGGUGACAGAGCUGUUGAGCUGCAUGAUGUCACGGAACAGUCAAUUUCGCCAAAAGAUGAAAGGAUUGUUUCAGCAAAUCCUUCUCCGGAUGCAGCCAUCUCAGGGGCUUCAAGAAAUGCCAAAGAGCAGCCUGCAACAUCAGAAACAAGUGGAGCUCUUAUCACAUCAUAUCCGUUAAAUUCAGCUACACAUCAGGAGCAGAGUUAUUACUAUGGAGAUUAUAAUAAUGGGAGCGGUAACUGGGAUGAACACUCAAACUAUGUUAAUCCCAACAACUUGCAUGUCAUACCUCCGGGGGCAAUGUACAAUGACAAUUCUUCACUCUUCUUUCCCCCGGGAUAUGGGUUUGACUCCCAAAUGGCAUAUGGACAGCUUCCUCCACUUGCUAGCCCUCUAUCUCCAAUAAUGUUUGAUGGUCAGCUGUUCUCUCCACAUCAAAUGCCUGUAACACCACCAUACUACCCUCCAGUUUCACCUGGCCCACCACCUGCUACUUCUGCAAUUCCAGCUCCACAGACCGAGUUCUUGCCAUCAGGGACUAGCAGCCAAGAAAAUUUUAUUGAUGGUGCAACUUUUGGGCCUGGAUCGGGUUAUUAUGUACCUUUUGGAUCUUUUGGUGGAGGGGAUCUCUCUGGAAGUAGUGGUGUUGGAUUUUAUAAGUUCCCUGGUGUCCAUGGAUCCAGUGAACCAUUGCCAAGUCAUACAAGUUCCUUAGAUGCUAGCAAGUUCAUGUCACAUUUACCUACUGGAAAUGUAUACCCUCAACCAACUGGCAUACUUGGAUCCUAUGAACAAAAUGUUGGACAGGGUUUUGGGCUGACACCAAACUCCUCAGCUAGACGAUUUGGCCAUGGUGCUUCUUACCAAAGCCCAAGUUUUUAUGGUUAUAGCCAGAUCCGGUUUGCUACUGAUAGAGGUGGAAGACGUGAACAGGAUCAGGAAACCGUCAGUAUUUCUACCAAUGCCCUUGGCAUGUCAAGUGAACGGAACAGAGGACCGAGGGCUUUGAGGCCAAAAAGCAAGGGAUCUUCAUCUGGCAUUAGAGAUGUCGAAUCCGCUUCCGGGCUUCACGUUAAUCAUUUUAAUUCCCCAAAUUUUGUAACUGAUUAUGAACAUGCAAAAUUUUUUGUUAUUAAGUCUUUCAGCGAGGACAAUAUCCAUAGAAGUAUAAAAUACAGCAUCUGGGCCAGCACUCCACUUGGAAACAGAAAACUGGAUGCUGCCUAUCGGGAAGCAAAGGAAAUGAAAGACAUUUGCCCAGUUUUCCUCUUUUUUUCAGUGAAUGCUAGCGGACAGUUUUGUGGGGUAGCUGAAAUGAUUGGGCCAGUUGACUUUGAGAAUAAUGCUGAUUACUGGCAGCAGGAUAGGUGGAGUGGGCAGUUUCCUAUCAAAUGGCAUAUUAUCAAGGAUGUACCAAAUAGUUGCUUCAGGCACAUACUUCUUGUAAAUAAUGACAACAAGCCUGUUACUCACAGUCGAGACUCACAAGAGGUCAAACUUGAGCAGGGAAUGCAAAUGUUAAGAAUUUUCCACAGCCAUGAAGCUGAGACAUCCCUUCUUGAUGAUUUCAACUAUUAUGAAGAGAGAGAGAAAUCCUUGAUGGAAAGAAAGGCCAAACAGCGAGCCAGUGCAAAUGGUAAUCCAACCGUAACACUUGCUAAGGAGACAAUAAAUCAAUUGUCGAACAACCUGGCUAACACUCUUCAUUUGGAGGGGGGUAAAAACCAUCCUAAGUGAGAUUUGGUGUAACAAUAUCUUCAGAAGAUAGCAGGCUGCAACUGCUUCUAGGAGUUGGGAAUCCCUUUUUAGCUGACUGGAGUUAGUGAGGUGAAAUUUUCAUCCCAAUCAUGCUUGUCAUCUUUGCAGUUGCUUGCUCCUCCAUCCUUUCCAUUGUUCUAUAGCUGUGUCCAAGUAGUUGGUAACUAUUUGUUCGUAGGUGAAAAUAGCAUGCUGAUAUCGGGGAAAAGGACCUCAUCCUUCUUUCUUUUUCUUCUCUUUAGUUUUUUUUUCUUUCUUUUGCCAUUUCUCAUUUGUUGUUUAGUUGAGAUAGGUGGUGUUAGGCAUAGGAGGAUUAUGAAUCUCUGAUGCCUGAUGCUUACCGGUUGUGCUUUUAGCUUUUCUUUAUUGAGUGCGGGGCAAUUAUUUUGCAGUUGCUCUGUAGUAACAAUCUGUAUAAGCCUCAGAAUAGGUGACAAUUAAAUGAGGAAUGCAGGUAUAUAUGAUUACAGAAAUCAACAAAUGAGCACUUUGUACCCUGUUACAGUUAUCAAAGAUGAAAGAGUACCUUGUA